GCACGGACGGAGCCGAGGCCUGGUGGGGGGGGGGCGCGGCCCGCGACUGCGCGGGCGAGGACCGACGGACGCAGACGGCCAGACAACCUGGGCGUUCCGGUGGAGGGGCGCCGGGGCCUGACUCGCGGACCUACCAGCAGCUCAAUGGCCUUCCCAAAGAAGAAACUUCAGGGUCUUGUGGCUGCAACCAUCACGCCAAUGACUGAGAAUGGAGAAAUCAACUUUUCAGUAAUUGGUCAGUAUGUGGAUUAUCUUGUAAAAGAACAGGGAGUGAAGAACAUUUUUGUGAAUGGUACAACGGGAGAAGGCCUGUCCCUGAGCAUCUCAGAGCGUCGCCAGGUCGCAGAGGAGUGGGUGACAAAAGGGAAGGACAAGCUGGAUCAGGUGGUAAUUCACGUAGGAGCACUGAGCUUGAAGGAGUCACAGGAACUGGCCCAACAUGCAGCAGAAAUAGGAGCUGAUGGCAUCGCUGUCAUUGCACCGUUCUUCCUCAAGCCAUGGACCAAAGAUAUCCUGAUUAAUUUCCUAAAGGAAGUGGCUGCUGCCGCCCCUGCCCUGCCAUUUUAUUACUAUCACAUUCCUGCCUUGACAGGGGUAAAGAUUCGUGCUGAGGAGUUGUUGGAUGGGAUUCAGGAUAAGAUCCCCACCUUCCAAGGGCUGAAAUUCAGUGAUACAGAUCUCUUAGACUUCGGGCAAUGUGUUGAUCAGAAUCGCCAGCAACAAUUUGCUUUCCUUUUUGGGGUGGAUGAGCAACUGCUGAGUGCUCUGGUGAUGGGAGCAACUGGAGCAGUGGGCAGUACCUAUAACUACCUGGGAAGAAAGACAAACCAGAUGUUGGAGGCUUUUGAACGAAAGGACCUCUCUUUAGCCCUGAACUAUCAGUUUUGUAUCCAGAGGUUUAUCAACUUUGUGGUCAAACUAGGUUUUGGAGUGUCACAGACCAAAGCCAUCAUGACUCUGGUCUCUGGGAUUCCAAUGGGCCCACCCCGGCUUCCACUGCAGAAAGCCUCCAGGGAGUUUACUGAUAGUGCUGAAGCUAAACUGAAGAGCCUGGAUUUCCUUUCUUUCACUGAUUUAAAGGAUGGAAGCUUGGAAGCUAGUAGCUAGUGCCUCUCUAUCAAAUCAGGCUUUGUACCUUGAGACAUAAUCUACCUUAAAUAGUGCAUUCUUUUCUCAGGGAAUUUUAGAUGAACUUGAAUAAACUCUCCUAGCAAAUGAACUCUCACAUCAAUCGACAAGCAUUGAGGUACCUAUUGUGAGCCUUAAAAAGUCUUACUUUGUGAAGGGGCAAAAACUCUAGGAGUCACAACUCUAAGUCAUUCAUUUCACAGAUUUUUUUGUGGAGAAAUUUCUGUUUAUAUGGAUGAAGUGGAAUCAAGAGGAAAAUUGUAAUUGAUUAAUUCCAUCUGUCUUUAGGAACUCUCAUCUCAAUUUCUGGUUCCUAAUCCUAUUUUAAAGUUGUCUAAUUUUAAACCACUAUAAUAUAUCUUCAUUUUAAUAAAUAUUCAUUUGGAAUCUAGGAAAACUCUGAGCUACUGCAUUUAGACAGGCACUUUAAUACCAAACUAUAACACGUCUCAAUUAUAUACGACUCGAAAUACACCAGCUCAUCUGGUUGCUCUGUCUAACUCUAGAAUGGAUGCUUCUGAAUUCAUUUCGAUGUCACCACUUUCCUCUCUUCAGAAACGUUGGGUCAGGUGAGGACUUGUUUCAGUUCCUAUAACUCAGUAAAGGGCAGCUUUCUCAUAACAAAGGAAAAGGUCUUCCCCAAAGAUGAAUUUAAGUCUCUACUUUUUGCUAUACAGAAAACUCAAAGUUUCAAAGAACCAAAGGGCUCUUCCUCUAGGCACCACAAUCUUCCCCUUUCUCCACUGAGAAGACUGUCUCUCCCACAGGACCCUGAAUUAUUGAAAUCAAAGGCCGACUUCCUUUCUGCAGUGAGCCCAGAGGCUACUGUUACUAUCCUGUCACACUUGCAACUAGUUACUUUUCUUUAGUGAUAGAAGAUUUGGGGAGGACCCAAAGGACUCACAGCUUUCUCUCCAUACCUCCUUUUACUCUUUUCUUUCUGUGUAACAUAUCAACAACUGUUUAAUCUCCCUUCUAACAAACCUUGAUGUAAGCUUUCUGAUAUCAAAGUAUAUUGACAGUUAACCCUUACUGAUUUUAAACUUGACUAUCCAGUCUGUUAAUUACCUAAGAUUUUGUUUUCAUUUCAUCUCUAAUUGUUUUGAUCAUUGGCAGAGAAAGAGUAUUUGAAAUUCAUAUCAGUUUUGCUCCUUAUUUUAAUCUCUUUGAAUUAAAAAUAAUACUUUUUCAAAAUG